AUGGCUGACAAGUCAGAUCUCGACCAAAUCUGGAACUGGAACUCUGAAUUACCGACAAGCUCAGAGAAACUUGUCCAUGAUCUCAUCAGCGAAGUCUGCAGAGAACGACCCUCAGCGUUGGCUGUCUCUGCAUGGGACGGCGAUUGGUCGUAUGAGCAACUGGAUGCCAUCUCAACCCAACUGGCGAACGAGCUCCGGCGACAGUCUGCGGCACUCGGGCCUGGAAUCGUCGUGGCUCUCUGUUUUGAGAAGUCAAAAUGGACCCCUAUCGCGAUACUGUCCGUCAUGAAGGCUGGAGCAGCAUCGAUGCUGCUAGAUUGUGGUACUCCUCUGCCGUUUUUGGGYCAGAUUGUCCAAAAAACGAAACCAAAUAUACUGCUUGCCUCCGCGAAACACUGGGAGCUGGCCAAGUCCCUUGCGGCUGGUCGUACCACAGUCAAGCUUGAUAUGGACGCUGUGGACAGGCUCAGCGCUAGCACUCACAAUAACGAAGUGGCUCCAACUAUAAUUGCCUCGGACACGCUUUACAUUGUCUGUACCUCUGGAAGUACCACCGGCAUCCCGAGAGCUGCCAUCAUAUCUCAUGCAAACUUCAGCAGUGCGAUUCUGCAUCAGCAAAAGGCCCUGGCAAUUUCAUCGCACUCGCGUAUCUACGACUUCUCGUCUUAUGGCUUCGAUGCUACAUGGUUCAAUAUUCUGCAUGCUCUUACAAGCGGCGCCUGUUUGUGCAUACCUUCGGAUCAGGAACGUCGAAACGAGCUUUCUGAGUCCAUCAUAAGGUUCAACGCCACCUGGAUCGACUUAACACCGUCUGUUGCAAGGCUACUUUCGGAGGAGGCCAUUAGCAGCCUUGAUACACUGGUCAUAGCCGGAGAGCCGGCACAAGAAGCAGACGUGCGUCACUGGCAACAAUCAGUGAGUUUGAUUAAUGUCUAUGGACCGUGCGAGUGUACUCCAACAGCCACGAUAGCUCAAUUGGAACGAAAUCAGCAGUUCGGGGGAACUAUCGGCCGUGGGCAUGGCGUCAACUGCUGGGUACUUCAGCUCGGAGAUUGUGAUAAACUUGCAUCGAUAGGUGAAGUCGGCGAGUUAUUCCUCGAGGGUCCACUGGUAGGUCAAGGCUAUAUUGACGAGCCGGAGCAAUCCAAACAUGCCUUUGUGCAAGACCCACCUUGGCUCACGAGUGGUUCCAGCUGUGUGGACGGACGGCAUGGAUACGUUUACCGGACGGGUGAUCUUGUCCGUCUCGGUGCAGAUGGCAGCUUAGCCUUUGUUGGCCGCGCGGAUAACCAGGUCAAGAUAAACGGUAUCCGCACAGACUUGGGAGAGAUCGAACAUCACGUUCAAAACGUUCUAGACGGCAGAUUUGGUGUCUUUGUCGAUCUCGUUGUACCGCGAGAUGUCGAGAAGCCAUGUCUCGUUGCCUUCCUCGAGAUAGGUCUCCCAUCGGCUGAAGGACUGUUUCAAAUGUCGGACUUGAAGAAUGCAGCUCAGGGAAAACUCAAGGAAAUUCUACCUCACCACAUGGUGCCGAGCAGCUUUAUGGGACUGGGCCGUUUUCCUCGGUCGUCUUCUGACAAGACAGACCGAAGAAAGUUGCGAGCAAUGGCAGAAGCCAUGAAGCAAAGCGAAUUGGUGGGAUCCAAGCCGAGGGAUCGGGAGUCACCACAAAUUCUGAGCGACGCAGAACGUUGCCUUCGAACACUGUGGUCCAACGUCCUUGGAGUGGCCAAGAGCAAGCUUACCAUUGACGACAACUUUUUCGAGCUUGGAGGUGAUUCCUUGAUCGUCAUGAAGCUCGUGAAGGAGGCGCAAGACAUAGGUCUCUAUUUGACUGUCACCAUGGUCUUCACAUUCCCAAACCUGCGAGAGCUAGCAAGGGAGGUCACCAAAACUGGACACCAAGCGAAGGCCCAUGACUCUCACGUCAUGGCUGACAACGUCCUCACUGAGAAGUCGAUGUUGAUGAUCGAUGAGGCAUCAAAGUUGUGCUCGAUUGACCGUGGCCAAAUUGAGACUAUGUACUCCUGCACUCCACUUCAGGAAGGUUUAUUGGCCUUAACAUCCCGUCGCCAGAGUGAUUACAUCUUACGCGAGACCUUUCACUUACGUCCCGAAGUUUCGACAACUCACUUCAAAGAGAGCUGGGAAAGGGUUGUAGCAACUACGCCUAUACUGCGCACCCGGAUCGUUCAUGUUCCUCGCCGAGGACUGUGCCAGGUCGUUGUUGAUGAGCCGGCGAAAUGGUAUGCUGCAGACCGUUGUCAAGAGUUUUUCGCGAAAGAUCGACUACCGCGGAUGGACUUGGGCACUCCACUGAUUCACGUGGGCCUGGUGGAAGAGCCUUCGGCGAAUUACUUUGUUCUUUCUGUGCACCAUGCUCUCUAUGACGGAUGGUGUCUCGAGUUGAUCCACGAACGAUUGGCUUGUGCUUUACGAGAAAUGCCACUGGAGCUGCCUCCAUCUUUCCAAGGAUUUAUCAACAAAGCUGUCGAUUCUAUUGCGGAAGCUGCUCCAGCGUUCUGGGCUAGCCAAAUGGCUGGCUUUGAGGGCGUUGUCUUCCCUCGAUUACCCAACGCCCCAUUCCAGCGAACAACCAAGAGCACUUUCCAUCACACGUUCAAGGGGCUACAGUGGCGUCAUACUCCGUUCACCCCAACCACAUUUAUCAGAGCUGGAUGGGCACUCACUGUAUCCCGCUACGACAGGACUGAUGAUGUUGUUUUCGGAGUGAUUUCAAACGGCCGCAAGGUUGCGGUUGAUGGCAUCGGCAAUAUGGUAGGACCAACUAUCGCAACGCUUCCCUUCCGUUCAAGGAGCUAUGCCGGCAACAGCACGGUUCAUCAGUUCUUGCAGCAGACGCAAGAUACUGGCACGGCGUUGACGCGAUAUGAGCAAUACGGCCUGCAACGUAUACGUCGCAUUUCCACAGAUACCAGGAGAGCUUGUGAGUUCCAGACUCUGUUGAUCGUGGAACAAUUGACCGGGGCCUCAUGUUCCGCUCUCGACGAUUUCACGGUUUCCCCCUCGAACAAGGAUACCGAUGACAGAAUGAAAGAGAUCAAAAGCUUCGACACAUAUGCUUUGUGUAUCACCUGCACGUUCGAUGACGACUAUGUGCAUGUCGAGUUUGAACUCGACGAUUCUGCCUGCAAGUCUAUUCAACCAAAACGACUACUUGCAAGCUUUGAACAUGCUUUGCAGCAGUUGUGCAAUCCAAACAACAAGAUUGUCCCCCUUCGGGAGCUCGACAGUCUCAGCCCCUUGGAUCGCAAGGAUAUCCUGAUGUGGAAUGCGACGCAACAUGAGCCUUCUCGCUCAGGUGUCAAGGAGCUUGUGGAAAUUGCUGCGAGGGAACAUUCGUGUAAAACGGCAAUCUCUGCUUGGGAUGGCGAAUUGUCGUACGAGGAGCUUGAUCGAUCGUCGACCAAUCUCGCUCGAGACUUGGUGAACAGGGGCGUGACAUCAGGUUCAAUAGUGGCGAUAAUGUUGACCAAGUCCAAAUGGGCGGUGGUGAUAAUUCUGGCUGUGAUGAAGGCAGGCGCUGCAUCAAUGCCAUUGCAUAGCGCAAGAGAAAAGCAUGAGCGGGUCGCCGAUAUUCUGCGAAGAGUACAGCCCAGAUUCCUACUGACCUUGCUAGAGAACCAAGAUUUGGCGAUGGUGCUGCCCGAUUCCUGUACGCACGUUCGCCUCGAUUCUUGUCGACUCCUCGCGAUUCCUGAUUUGCACAGCAUUGAGCUGCCAGUGGUCAACCUCGAAGACCCACUUUACAUUAUCCACACAUCAGGAAGCACAGGAGUACCAAAGGGCGUUGUCAUUACGCAUUCCAACUUCGCAAGUGCCAUCAAGUAUCAGCAAAGUGCGCAUGGUUUUCGCCCCGACUCUCGCGUCUUGGAUUUUGCCGCAUAUACCUUCGACGUGGCCUGGUCAAACAUCUUCCAUACGCUGACCGUGGGCGCUUGUCUUUGCGUACCAUCAGAGGACGAAAGACAAAAUCUCCUUCCAGCGGCCUUCGAAAAGUACAGUGUUACCCACGCAGACCUGACUCCUUCGGUUGCAAGAUCACUUCCGCUUUCGAACAUAGCACGACUGAAAACCCUUGUGCUCGGAGGCGAGGAACUUCGCUAUGAGGACGCAGCUCGAUGGGCACCACUUACUGUGGUCAAGAACCCAUUCGGACCGAGUGAAUGUACACCUACAGCUACCAUUACUGAUGUAGAAUUCUCAUCAGAGCAAGACUCAGAGAUUAGCAUUGGCAAGGGUCUGGGUGUGAAUACUUGGAUCGUCGAUCCUGACAAUCAUGAUUCACUCAUACCAAUCGGUUGUGUGGGCGAGCUGCUAUUGCAUGGCCCAAUCGUUGGACCGGGCUAUCUCUACAAUGAGGAGAGAACGAAUGCGGCUUUCGUGGUCGAUCCCCCCUGGCUCCGUGACUCGGAGGUACCACAUGCGAGGCUAUACCGAACCGGUGAUCUGGUACGAUACGGCUCGAGAGAAGGUGAACUAGUCUUCGUAGGACGCAAAGAUAACCAGGUAAAGAUCCAUGGCCAGCGAGUGGAGCUUGCAGAAAUCGAAGGCUUGCUUGCUCGGGUCCCUCACGUGCAGCAGGUAGUAUGCAUGAUACCUGAGGGCCCUUGGAAGAAGAAGCUUGUAGCCGUGGUUGCCUUGGAUGGAUUCUGCGAUGCUGAAAACGAGGGAGAAGAUAUCAAAUUACUUGUGCAGACAGAACCGCUGGCGCGACUGGCGAGCAUUCGGAGUGAAGCGGAGAAGACCCUACCAUCCCAUAUGGUGCCAUCCAAUUGGAUCCCAGUCAACAAUAUACCGCGGAAUGUAUCUGGGAAGACAGAUCGGAAGCGGUUGGUCGACUGGGUUUCUGCAUUGGAUGCAAACGAGACUUGCCGGAGUGCCUCGAGCUCUGAUACCACAAGGGCUCGCCACGCUCGAGAUCAAAACGAAACGCUCAUUCGGGAAGCCUGCGCCCACAUUUUGAAUGUUCCGAGUGAACGGAUCGAUUUGGACGCUUCUUUCGUAGCCAAUGGCGGCGACUCAAUCACAGCGAUGCAGUUGUCAUCACAUUGUCGAGGGCUUCAUUUCUCCAUCACGGUUCCUGGUAUACUUGGGGCCGAGCGCCUGGCUCAACUAGCUUGUUCUAAUGCCAAUAAGCCCAAAGUUCCGUCGCUCGAUGUGCAAGUCACAUCUCCUGAUAUCUGGUUUGAACUGUCGCCGAUCCAGAAAUGGUACUUCGACCUCCAGCCAACUGAUCUCAUUGAUGCGAAGAAGCAUCGAUACRACCAGGAAUUCCACAUCACCUUCAGCCGUCCCGCGAUCGGGAAAACGGUCGCGGCUGCUAUAGCGGAAAUUGUUCGGCGGCAUGAUAUGCUAAGAGCGCGGUUCAUGAAGUCUGAGAACGGUUGGCGACAGCAAAUUCUACCAUCCACAGCGGUUGACCUCCAUCACUUCGAGAUUUUUGAGGCGUCUUCGUUUUCAGAGCUCGAGCAAAUCAACAUGGCGCAGAACCUCAGACUGAGUCCACUCGACGGCCCUGUCUUCUCUGCGGUGUUGGUGGAGGGCCCGGAUUGUAUGCAGCAUCUCUUGAUGCAUGCACAUCACCUGGCUGUCGAUUUAGUGUCGUGGCGAAUCGUUCUUGGCGAUCUGGAGAGCAUUCUAACAGCAGGGAGUUCGCCGUCAACGCCGUCGAUGUCAUUCAUCGCUUGGAAUGAGUUGCAAAUWCGCAGAGCGCAGUCCCCGAAUCUCGAUCCAGAUCGCGUUCUGCCAUAUGCAAAGCAUGUGUCCAAUAAUCUCCUUUUCUGGGAAUUCGACGAACUGAAAACACCCAACCGAGAGCCAGACCAACUUUACCUCAAUCUUGAGCUGGACACUGAAACGACUGCCCUCCUCACUCAUCAAGCCAAUACUACCAUGAGCACAAACCCCCAGGAACUCAUAUUUUCUGCGGUAUGGCAGGCCUUCUUUCAGCAGUUCACAGAGCGAAGCGGUUUCACCAUUUUCAAAGAAGGACACGGACGUCAAGCUUGGAGCAGUGAGAUUGAUUUGACACAAACGGUAGGCUGGUUCACCACAAUGAGUCCAAUGUAUCUUUCUGCAGAUACAGCGAGCAGUGUACUCAGCACAGUGCGUGUGGUCAAAGACAUGUACCGCAGUCUUCCAGGGCAAGGAUGGACGUAUUGGGCCUCUCGCUAUCUCAACCCUGCAGGUGUCGACGCAUUCAAAAAGCAUGGCCCUGUGCACGAGAUGGAGAUCAACUAUGAAGGCCAGUAUCAACAGCUCGAAAGAGGCGAUGGUCUCUUCAGUGUCCUCCACCUGUCCGGAGGGUCUGAGCUCGGUGAUGAGUUACCCGCUGGUGCUCUGUUUCGCUUGGCAGUGGUGAUUGAGAGUGGAACCACUCAGUUAUCAUUUAUUUGGAACCGACAUCUUGCACACCAAGAAAGGAUACGUCUCUGGGCCGCAGGUAUCGUGCCGGCUUUGCGGAACAUCUGCUCGGAACUYGUUGCCAUUCAGGGACAUCAUCUCACACUCUCCGACUUUCCUGAGCUCAAGCUCGAUUACCCGUCCUUGGAUCGAUUGACACAACACGUUCUACCACCGAUACAAAGUGCCAAUGGCUCGGAAGUUCACCAUGUUCUUCCAUGUUCUCCUCUGGUUGCCGGCAUACUCAUAAAGCAGAUCAGAUCACCUGGAACUUAUAUGACUUCUGAUACGUACAAAAUUGGUGCGCAUGGUGUAUGGGACACAAAGGUCGAUAUCCACAGCUUGGCAGAUGCAUGGCAGCAAGUCGUCAAUUCUCAGCCCUCGUUACGUACCGUCUUCAUCGAUGCUGUUGACACAGCUUACGCCUUCCAUCAAGUCGUACUCAAAUCAGUCAAAGCCCAUGUCACUCUUCUGACAGCAGAUGAUCGACUAUCUGCAGAGCAACAACUAAGUGCGAUGAAUGAGCUACGACCUGGUGGUCUGGAGCCGCCCCAUCGACUCCUUCUAUGCCAAAUGCAGGACACCAUGGACAUACUUUGUCGAAUAGAUAUGAGCCACGCCAUCACAGACGGCACCUCCGGCCCAAUUCUACUACAACAGUGGUCUUUGGCUUACAGCGGAUCCCAUAUCGGAUCUCCCGAUCUCCAAAACACCAGUCGUAAUCUCGUGAAGCACUUUGCAGCUGGGCAAGAGCGUGAUCGGAAGACUACGUAUUGGCGAACCAAAUUGAAUGCCGUAAGUCCAUGCAUCUUUCCGCGGUCCACGACGGGCAUCCUUCAAUCUGCCGUUAUCGAGCAUCGACAACAUACUUCGACCAUACGAGGGCAGCUUGCUGUUGACAUUCAGGAGUUCUGUACCAAGUCUUCAACCACAGCUGCCAGUGUCUUCCAAGCCGCUUGGGCAUGUCUUCUGGGGAAGUACACAACCUCCCAUCAAGUUUGCUUUGGCUACUUGACCUCGGGCCGAGAUUUGGAUAUCCCUGAGCUGGAGAAUGCCGUAGGUGCUUAUACUAAUAUGUUGGUUUGCCAAGUCGACACAUCUGUCGCAAAAGGUACUGUUUUGGUGUGUGAGCUACAACAGCAGAUGUUACAAGAUUUGGAGAACCAGCAUGUCUCCUUGGCGGAGAUUCAGCAUCAAUCUAAUACGAGCCUGGGAAAGCCGCUCUUCAAUUCCAUCGUGAGUAUUCAGCGCGCUACUAAUGAUGAUUUCAAAGAGGAGCUCGCUGGAGAUACAUCUCCUGGAGAUGGUUCACUCCGCUUUACAUUACUCACAGGCAAAGAUCCUUCGGAGUUUGAUAUCGUAUUGGCAGUGGCAUACUCUGCCACUGUCGUUGAGCUUUGCGUUGAGGCUAGACCCGACUAUUUGUCGCAACAAGAGGCAGAGGGUAUCCUUUCUGCUUUUCAAGAUAUCGUGGCGGACAUUCUGCGCGGAGCGGGUGUGUAA